AUGGAGCUGUGCGACAGGGCGGGGUGUCAGUCACCACUGAAAGACAAACUGGACAUGGCAGAAGAAGAGGGAGGCCCUCACCAGACCCCUGAGAAAUGCCACACCUUCCCUGUCAGCUGCCUGAGAAGCUGUUGGAGCUUCAGUCCCAGGUGGACCCUGAUGAUCCUUCAAGAGAAAGAGCAGGAGCAGACUGCUUUAUCAGAGAUGCCAUGUCAGACUCAGGGAGAGCUGUUCCCAGCCCGAGAGCAGGAAGGGCAAUGCAGGCAGCAGGUGGAAGAGCCACAGGAGAAUGGCCAGAACAUCAAGGCAGAGGCACAAGCAGAGCUGCCCAAAGCUCAGAGUGACAUCAUGGCAGUGAGGAGAAAGAACAAGGAUGACAUGAGAAGAAUUCAAGAGGAGAAUCUCCAUCAGCAGAGGGGCGAUCAACAAAAGCAGGUGAGUGAAAGAGCGGCAGCUACUCCACUCCUGAAACAUCCUCUCCCUUCUUGUUUACAGACUAAUAAGGACCAUGUGCAGGCAGAGUUGCAGGAUUCUGAGGCUGGCAACAAGGCAAGGGAGAAGAGGCUGGAGGAAGAAAUGAAAAUUGUCAGAGAGAAACUUAAUUGCCUCCCUGAGGCUCUAGAACCUGCUCAAAAACAGGUGGCCAUAAAGAAAAUAAAUCUUCAAGGACUGAAGAGGAAGCAAUUAACCGUUAAUGAAAUCAUGAUCAUGAAGAAGUAUAGGAAUCCCAGUAUUGUGAACUAUUUUGACAGCCACCUUCUGGGUGAGGAACUCUGGCUGGUUAUGGAGUACAUGGAUGGAGGUGCCCUGAGUGAUGUCAUUAGUGAGACCUUCCUGUCUGAAGUUGAGGUGGCAGCCAUCAGUCGGGAGUGCCUGUGAGGACUGGAUUUUCUCCACUCAAACCAUGUCAUCCACCGAGACGUGAAGAGCGACAACAUCCUUCUCAGAACUGACGGCUCUGUCAAGUUGGCUGAUUUUGGCCUCUCUACUCAGCUCACCCCUGAGCAGAGCAGACGGUGCUCGGUAGCCGGGACUCCUUGGUGGAUGGCGCCUGAAGUGGUGACAGGUCAACCGUAUGGCCCCAAAGUGGACAUUUGGUCUUUUGGAAUUGUGGGAAUUGAAAUGGUAGAACGAGGACCUCCUUACUGGAACCGAAGUCCCGGCACGACUAAACGCCUGAUAGCCACAGUAGGGACCCCAAAGCUGCAGCAGCUUAAGCUCCUCUCAGCUUUGCUGCGUGACUUCCUGAGCUGCUGCCUGCAGACAGACGAGGAGGAGCGCUGGUCUGCCAAGGAGCUCCUGCAGCAUCCAUUUGUGACAACAGCCAAGCCAGCAUCCACCCUGGCACCACUCAUCAACUCAGUUAAGAAGAUGAAGAAGAAUUAG